UGUUGUGGCAACCAACACGUGUGUUAGGAUGGCCACCCUGGACUACUCCAAAGCUCUUGGAGCAUCCUGGGAACGCUCUUCCCGGAAAAAUGUUCACAACUGCAAACGAUGUCCCUAUUUCACAACCUCACUUUUUCUUAUUGUGAAUCACGUGAGACGACACCGUUCAUCCCCGAAGAAAUUUAACUGUGAACGCGCCAAAAUCGAACUGUAUUAUUGUAAAGAGUGUGAUUUUAGAACCGAACUAACGACUUUGUUCAAACAACACAUUAACGAACAUCACAGCCUUAAGAAAGAAUGUAGAGACGAUUUUCGCGUACAAACUUACUCGUGUGAAAAUUGCGACUUUGAAACAAAUCUGGUGUUAAAGUGGAUUCAACAUAGUUCAAAAUGUACGGAAAAGAACGAAAGUGCUGACAGUGUGACUUCUAAUAUUGAGCAAGCAGACGAAAUACCUGUAAACUUGCGGUAUGCUUGCAAUAAGUGUCAAUUUACAAGUACAAGUAAAGCGCUUUUAAAAAUCCACGAAAAUUGUGCCCAUUUAGACGAGUCUGAAUGGUAUAAGUGCGAAAAAUGUGCGUUUAAAACUAAAUUCAAAAACGGCUUCAGCAGACAUAUAAAUGCUGGACACUUGAACGCAGGCGAGUUUAAAUCGUACCAAUGCAAAAAGUGUCCAUUCAGAACCAAGUAUGAACGAAAUUUAAAAUCGCACGUGACUGUAAAACAUCAAAACAAAGAAAAUAAAUGGUACGAAUGCAAAAUUUGCCCAUACAAAACCAAAUGGAUUCAGCAUCUAAAAAGUCAUUUAAUUACUCGACACGUGGAUGAGAAAGAAAUCACGUGGUACGAAUGUGCCAUCUGUCCAUUUCGAAGUGAAAGCAAAACUUGUUUAAAUUAUCAUAAGAGAAAGUCCCAUUCAAAUGAAAAAAAGCACACAAAUGUUGAUGAUUCGGAAGAUUGGUACCAAUGUGCGAACUGUUCAUAUAAAAGUAAAACAAAAAAGAAUUUAAGACAUCAUAUAAGGGUCCAUUUGGAGGUCAAAUCGUAUCAGUGCAAAUAUUGCCCCUAUAAAGGGAGGCGCAGUGAUCAGUUAAAAAGCCAUAUAAAUUGCCGCCAUUUGGGUGGAAAGGAUAUUAAGUGGUUCGAAUGCGAUCAAUGUCCGCACAAAGUUAAAAAUAAAUCGGCUUUUUAUAGGCACAAAAAAGUGCAUAUGUAGGAUUUACUUUAAUUUAAUUUUGUGGUUGUAUUAAGUUUAUAAAAUAAAUCGUGUUU